UCGCGCACGCUUUGAUCAGUCGCACAGCUGUCUUCAGCAACAGAGCAGGUUGGCCUAUCGAGCCUCCUUGGAAUCCUCGCUACUCCUGGACGCAUUUCAGAACGGCUAGUCCAGAACACCGCAACGAUGGCGCGAUUGAGCACAAAGAACGUGUUGCUUCGGUUCCUCUUCGGCUUUGUCGGGCCGACCACGUACCUGAUAUUCGCGAUGGGCUACCAGCUUUGCUACGACUUCGACAACGUCAUCAGCAGAAAGGGUGGCGCGACCAACGUGUUCACAAGCAUAAGUCGAGCGACAGCGACACGGCCGUGGUACUUUGGCUGGGUCAUCGCCAUGUUCACCCACUCGGUGUUCCACUGCUCCAUCAAGGAUGACUUCAGAGAAUUCUGGUUGGCACGCCAGGAACUGGUGCCUCCCGAAGAGCGCGACCGGUACCUCACUCUCGUACACCACGCGCGUAACGACUUCUGGAUGAGGGCGUUUUCCCUCCUCAUCAUAGCCAUCUUCCCGGUUUCCCUUUCGAUUUCCUUUCAUUUUGUGUGCGUAGGCUUCUAUUUUGUCAGUGACUUCGGCUAUCUCCGCGCUGUGGACUUCUUGGAAGCGAAGCUCGCACGCCGCAGGGACUCGACGGCAGUCUACUUGCGCUCUCAUCACGGCCCUGCUAAACGGACAAUGCACGCACUCUUCUUUGGCAUCGCACUGAGCUUGGCACUCCACGUCUUCGCAGAGGUAUCCUACGCUCAUUCGGCAUUCGGUUUCUUCGAGCUUCUUUAUGGAGGCGUUCACGGAUGGCACGAGCUUGUUACUUGCAUGGUAAUAAUCGCUGGUCGACGCGAUAUAUCCUGUGUGCCAGAAACGCCUCUGCAAGAACCCCCUCUGGAAGAAACACCUCUGCAAGAACACCCUCUGGAAGAAACACCUCUGCAAGAACCCCUUGUGGAAGAAACACCUCUGCAAGAACCCCCUGUGGAAGAACCCCCUGUGGAAGAACCCCCUGUGCAAGAACCCCCUGUGCACGAAGCGGAAGGCGGUGCCGGCCCGAUAGAAUCGCCCCAAGGUGUCUUGAGAAGCCGUCGUAUUCUAGGGCUUCCACCCGAGUUUGCACCACUGAAGUAGACCCUCCUAGGUGUCUCAGCCAAGGCCCGAUGAACUCGUCUAGAGUGAAGGGCGGUCUGCUACCGUCGCCAAGAUCAUUCAGGAUUUUUGUUGCCUUCAAUUUGACCAACUGGCUC